AAAGAGUAAAUUUUUUCAACUAUAGUCUCUGUUAAACAAUAGUUAACUUUUUGAAUUAUAUAAUUAAUUGUUUGCCUAUUAUUAUACGGUAUAUAUAUAUAUAUAUUUUAAAAAUGUUAAAAAUUACAGCAGCACUGGUACUAUUGAUGUGUGCGGCCGUUUUGGCUGACGACUGCUACGGUAUAAUCGAGGAUCAGAGCGAUAAGGGAAAGGCAUUAAUCAAACGGAUAGUCGAUUUGGUUAACGAAGUCGAGAAAAAAGACGGACAAACCAUGACAUACAUCCGUAUUAUUGACUGUAUGGGCGAAAAAGGUCACUACAUUGCAUACCUUCAAUACUAUAACCAGGAUAAUGUAAAAUAUUCAUGCACCACUGAUGUUGAUCUUGUUGGCACUGAUAGCUACAAUCUGAGCAAUGUUAAAUGCCAUCCCUCAAAUUGAAAAAUUAAACAAUUGUUAUUUUAUAAGAAAAUAAAUAAAUAAAUAAUUAUUAAAUUAAUUAAU